AUGUAAUACUAAUAAUUGGUUAAUUCACUAGUGGAAGCUUCCUCUAAAGAUUAUCCUAAAAGAUCAUUACAUUUAACAAAGCUUCUUGGUUCUGGAGCUGAAGGAGCAGCAUUUCUUGCUACAGUUUCUAAUUGGGGAAAUAAUCCUUAACAAGUUGCCAUUAAAUUACAAUAAAACAUGAAACAACAUGAGAAAGAUUUUAUAAUAAAUCUAAUAUAAUAUCAAAACACUUAUGAGAAUGUGAACAAUUAACAAUUCCUUCCAAGUAACAUCAUCAGAAUAUAUGAAUAUUUUUAAUGGUAAGCUAAACAUUGUAUCAUUAUGGAAGUCGGUAUAGAAGAUUUAUUUUCGUAUUUAUCUAAAAAUCAAAAUUUAUCAAUAUAACAAAGAGAAAAGAUAUGUUUUUAAGUAAUUAUAUUUUUAAUCAACUAAUAGAUUACUUAACCAAUACAUUUUUUACAUAAAUCCUAAUUAAUUCAUCGAGAUAUCAAAUCAGAAAAUUUUAUAAGAGUAGGAGAUAAUUUUAAAUUAAUUGACUUUGGUUUGAUUCGUAGAUCUUCAGCUUUCGACAUAAAAACUCUUUAAGUUGGCUCUUUGGUUUUUCAAGCCCCUGAACUUAUAGAAUAGAGAAACAAUUAUUCAGAAAAAGUUGAUAUCUGGGCGUUGGCGUGUGUCUUUUAUGAAAUAUUAUCAAUGACCCAAUUAUUUGAUGGUAGACAAAAUUUAUAUUUUUAGGAUAAAGUUUUGGUGAAAUAACCACUUAAAUUAAAAGACAUAGAACUGAUCCUCAUAUUAUUAAUAAAAAAAUUAAUGCAUUACCUACUUCAAAUGAGAUUAAAUAAUUAUUAAUAAAGAUGUUGAAUUAUAAUGAUUAACUACGGCCUUCAAUAGAAUAGGUUUAUACUGAAUUUUAUAAUUAUUUAAAUCCAUCAAUAGUUUAGCCACCUAUCAUUCAAUAACCAGUAUAAGUAGUAUAAAAACCUCAAAUAGAUUAACAAUAAUAGAAAGAUGUUCAACUUUAAAAACAGAACCCCACUCCUGGUAAUAAAGAUAGGCUUUAAACCCCUCUACCUUAAGACCCUCAAAAAUAAUAGCCUCCUCAAAAUAUUUAAUAAAGUUAAAAAUCUGUCUUGAAACAAGAAAAUUUAAGUGAAUCAUAAAUUAGAUAAAUUAUUGAAGAACAAUAAAAUUAAAUAAUUUCAAAGUUAGAAAACUAAAAAGAAACACAUCAAAUUUCAAUUAAAACUUUAUAAAAUCAAAUAAACUAAAUUAAUUAGUAAUUAAAUGAGAAAAAUUAAAUAAUUGAAAAAUUGAAAGAAUCAUAGCAAACAUAAAGCCAUUCAUAAUUAUAAUUUAAAGAUGAAGUUAUUUAAUAACGAUUAGAUAAAGAAAAAUCUAUUGAUUCUUAAUUAUAAUAAUUAUAAGAAUAACGUUCUAUAUUAGAAAAUUAAAUUAAAAAGGAAAAAUAGGAGAGAGAUUAAUAAUAGUAAUUAUAACAAAAAAGUUUAAUUGAAUAAAGUAAAUAAAUAGAAAAUUUAUAAUUAUAAUAUAAAUAGAUAUAAGAAGAAAAUAAUAAAUUAAAAAUUGAAAUUUAAAAUAAAACAUAAGGGAUAGAUAAAAUAAUAGAAUAACAAAAUUAAAAUUAAUAAUUAUAGAAUUUAGAAAAAAAAAUAGAAAAGGUGGAUUCUUCAUUAAAAGAAUUAUAAUUAUAACAAUAAAAUAAUGAUAAAAGAAUUAACUAAUUAGAAAAACAAAAAUAAUAGUCAGCUUAAAUAAAAGAAGAAUAAUAAAAAAAAUAAUUUUAAUUAUCAGAAGAACUGGAAAAAUUUAAAUAGAUCUAAGAAAGAAAUAUUAAAUAAGGAUUCUAAGAAAUUUAAUCUGAUUAUGAAGAAAAAUCACAAGUAUUUCAUCAAAACUUAAAAAAUUUAAAUGAUAUUAAUUUAUAAGAGUUAAAUAAAAAAAUAGAAUCUUAAAUAAAAGAUAAUAUUUAAAAAAGCGGCAAUAAUAAUUAUAAUGAAAAAUAAAUUUAAGGUAAAAUAGAUUAGUUUGAAAUAGAUUUGAAAAAACUCGAGUCAAAAUUUGAAAAUUUUGUUAGAGAUGUAGUUCAAGAUUAACAAUAAAAUUAUUAAUAAAAUAAUUAGUCUUAAUCUUAAAAUUUAUAAUAUGACUCUCAUAAUUAAAAUUAAUAAUAAAACAAUCAAAAAGAUUUUUUAAACAAUUAAUUAUAAAAUUCAACAAAAGAAUAAAAUGCAAAUGAAGAUCAAGAUUAACAACAAAACUAUUAUUAAAAUAAUUAGUCUUAAUCUUAAAAUUUAUAAUAUGACUCUCAUAAUUAAAAUUAAUAAUAAAACAAUCAAAAAGAUUUUUUAAACAAUUAAUUAUAAAAUACAACAAAAGAAUAAAAUGCAAAUGAAGAUCAAGAUUAACAACAAAAGUAUUAUUAAAAUAAUUAGUCUUAAUCUUAAGAUUUAUAAUAAAACUCUUAUAAUUAAAAUUAAUAAUAAAAUAACAAUCAAAAAGAUUUUUUAAACAAUUAAUUAUAAAAUUCAACAAAAGAAUAAAAUGCAAAUGAAGAUCAAGAUUAACAACAAAAGUAUUAUUAAAAUAAUUAGUCUUAAUCUUAAGAUUUAUAAUAAAACUCUUAUAAUUAAAAUUAAUAAUAAAAUAACAAUCAAAAAGAUUUUUUAAACAAUUAAUAAUAAAAUAAAACAAAAGAAUAAAAUCCAAACGAAGAUCAAGAUUAACAAUAAAAUUAUUAAUAAAAUAAUUAGUUUUAAUCUUAAGAUUUAUAAUAAGGCUAUUAUAAUUUAAAUUAAUAAUAAAACAAUCAAAAGGAUUUUUUAAACAAUUAAUUAUAAAAUUCAACAAAAGAAUAAAAUACAAACGAAGAUCAAGAUUAACAAUAAAAUUAUUAAUAAAAUAAUUAGUCUUAAUCUUAAGAUUUAUAAUAAAACUCUUAUAAUUAAAAUUAAUAAUAAAAUAACAAUCAAAAAGAUAUUUUAAACAAUUAAUUAUAAAAUUCAACAAAAGAAUAAAAUGCGAUUGAUGGAAAUUAAAAAGAUCAAGAUUAACAAAAAAAAUAUUAUUAAAAUAAUUAGUCUUAAUCUUAAAAUUUAUAAUAUGACUCUCAUAAUUAAAAUUAAUAAUAAAACAAUCAAAAAGAUUUUUUAAACAAUUAAUUAUAAAAUUCAACAAAAGAAUAAAAUGCAAAUGAAGAUCAAGAUUAACAACAAAAGUAUUAUUAAAAUAAUUAGUCUUAAUCUUAAGAUUUAUAAUAAAACUCUUAUAAUUAAAAUUAAUAAUAAAAUAACAAUCAAAAAGAUUUUUUAAACAAUUAAUAAUAAAAUAAAACAAAAGAAUAAAAUCCAAACGAAGAUCAAGAUUAACAAUAAAAUUAUUAAUAAAAUAAUUAGUUUUAAUCUUAAGAUUUAUAAUAAGGCUAUUAUAAUUUAAAUUAAUAAUAAAACAAUCAAAAGGAUUUUUUAAACAAUUAAUUAUAAAAUUCAACAAAAGAAUAAAAUACAAACGAAGAUCAAGAUUAACAAUAAAAUUAUUAAUAAAAUAAUUAGUCUUAAUCUUAAGAUUUAUAAUAAAACUCUUAUAAUUAAAAUUAAUAAUAAAAUAACAAUCAAAAAGAUAUUUUAAACAAUUAAUUAUAAAAUUCAACAAAAGAAUAAAAUGCGAUUGAUGGAAAUUAAAAAGAUCAAGAUUAACAAAAAAAAUAUUAUUAAAAUAAUUAGUCUUAAUCUUAAAAUUUAUAAUAUGACUCUCAUAAUUAAAAUUAAUAAUAAAACAAUCAAAAAGAUUUUUUAAACAAUUAAUUAUAAAAUUCAACAAAAGAAUAAAAUGCAAAUGAAGAUCAAGAUUAACAAUAAAAUUAUUAAUAAAAUAAUUAGUCUUUAUCUUAAAAUUUAUAAUAAAACUCUUAUAAUUAAAAUUAAUAAUAAAACAACAAUUUAAUGUAGGUAAAUUAAGAUUUAGAGCAAUAGGUCUUAGAUUUAACUGAUAAAAACAAAAAAUUGAUUGAACAAAUCGAAAAAUAAACUAAUGAAAUUAAAAAUUAACAAAUUGAGAAUUAAAAUUAAAUUAGUUAAAGCAACAAUUAGAUUGAUACUUUAAAGAGGGAGAAUUAAAAUUUAUAAAAUUAAAUUAAUCAGUGCACCCAUUAGAAUGAUAAUAUAAAAAAGGAAAAUGAAAGUUUAAAAAAAUAGCUUUUAGAUUAAAAUAAUGAGUGCAAUAAUUAAAUUUAACAGAUUGAUAAUUAAAAAAAAGAAAAUUAAACUUUAUAAAAAUAGAAUUAAAAUUAAAUUAGUUAAAGCAACAUUAAGAUUGAUACUUUAAAGAUUGAGAAAUUAAAAUUACAAGAUUAAAUUAAUUAGAGCAAUAUUUAGAUCGAUACUUAAAAAAAAGAAAAUGAAAGUUUAAAAUAAUAGCUUUUAGAUUAAAGUAAUAAGUGCAAUAAUUAAAUUUAACAGAGUGAUAAUUAAAAAAAAGAAAAUGAAAGUUUAAAAAAAUAACUUUCGGAUUACAUUAAACAGAUUGAUAAUUAAAAAAAAGAAAAUGAAAGUUUAAAAAAAUAACUUUCGGAUUACAUUAAACAGAUUGAUAAUUAAAAAAAAGAAAAUGAAAGUUUAAAAAAAUAACUUUCGGAUUACAUUAAACAGAUUGAUAAUUAAAAAAAAGAAAAUGAAAGUUUAAAAAAAUAACUUUCGGAUUACAUUAAACAGAUUGAUAAUUAAAAAAAAGAAAAUGAAAGUUUAAAAAAAUAACUUUCGGAUUACAUUAAACAGAUUGAUAAUUAAAAAAAAGAAAAUGAAAGUUUAAAAAAAUAACUUUCGGAUUACAUUAAACAGAUUGAUAAUUAAAAAAAAGAAAAUGAAAGUUUAAAAAAAUAACUUUCGGAUUACAUUAAACAGAUUGAUAAUUAAAAAAAAGAAAAUGAAAGUUUAAAAAAAUAACUUUCGGAUUACAUUAAACAGAUUGAUAAUUAAAAAAAAGAAAAUGAAAGUUUAAAAAAAUAACUUUCGGAUUACAUUAAACAGAUUGAUAAUUAAAAAAAAGAAAAUGAAAGUUUAAAAAAAUAACUUUCGGAUUACAUUAAACAGAUUGAUAAUUAAAAAAAAGAAAAUGAAAGUUUAAAAAAAUAACUUUCGGAUUACAUUAAACAGAUUGAUAAUUAAAAAAAAGAAAAUGAAAGUUUAAAAAAAUAACUUUCGGAUUACAUUAAACAGAUUGAUAAUUAAAAAAAAGAAAAUGAAACUUUAAAAUAAUAGUUUAAAGAAUAAACUAAUAAGUUCAAUACUUAAAUUUCACAGAUCAGUAAUUUAAAGUAGGAUAUCUAAAAUUUAUAAACUUAGAAUUAAAAUUAAAUUAAAGCAAGCAACAUUUAGAUUGAUACUUUAAAGAAUGAGAAUUAAAAAUUACAAAAUUAAGUUUCCAAUCAAAGUGAUGAAAUAUAAAAAUAAAAAUAAAAAAUACAAGUUUUGGAAUAGGAACUAAAUACGCACUAUUGA